AUGCUCUCCACGCCCGCCUACACCAACCUGAUCAACGACCUCAACCGCGAUGUCUUGAAGGCCAAACCCGCAGACCCGCUCCAGUUCUGCGCAAACUGGUUCAACGCCAGGCUCGAGGACCAGCGGCGGCAGCUCCUCGCCCAGACCUCGACAGACUCCCUCUCCCUCCGCUCUCCAUCCGCCAUCCCCCCGCGCAGCAUCGCCCCCGGAUCCACCUCGCCCACCCAGAGGACCUCGCUCUUUAGCACCGACCCCUUUUCCCAGCCCGCACCAUCGGACCAGCACGGCGCCGCCGCCGCCACCUCGUCCCAAUGGGCCCCCUCGGCCUCUCCUUCGGCCACCGCAUCCUCUCCCUUCGCCGCCGCCGCCACCAACUUCCCGCCCGCCGCAUCCUCGGGGGCAGCCUCGUCGCACGCGCCGUCCGAGUCCCCCGACAGCCACCUCAACGUGCCCUUCAUCCCCGCCACGUUCAACCUCGGCCGGAGAACCUCGGUCUCUGCCGAGAGCAUGGCCCCCUCGGCCGCCGGCGCCACCGACCCCAGCGUCGCCCUUCCAAAGACCGUCAUCCCAAAGUCGGACGAGCAGAUGGAGCGGAUCCGCGGCUCCAUCGGCGACAACCUCCUCUUCCGCAACCUCGAGCAGGACCAGUACCGCGACGUGCUCCUCGCAAUGAAGGAGGUCAAGGUCGACGCCAACGUGCCCGUCAUUGAGCAGGGCGCCCAGGGCGACUACUUCUACGUCGUCGAGAGCGGCACCCUCGACGUCUACAUCCGCUCCACGGCCGAGUCGACCCAGAGCUCCGACGACGGCACGGGCCCCAACAGCUCGCUCGCCGCCCUGGGCGAGAAAAAGGUGUCGUACGGGCCCGGCUCGUCGUUUGGCGAGCUGGCGCUCCUCUACGCCCAGCCGCGCGCCGCCACCGUGCUCUCGACGUCGCCCUGCACGCUGUGGGCCCUGGACCGCGUCACGUUCCGCUCGAUCCUGAUGGAGACCAACUCGAGGAGGCGCGCCCUCUACGAAAAGUUCCUCAAGGACGUGCCGCUGUUUGAGCACCUCAGCGCCGCCGAGCGCGCCAAGGUCUCGGACAGCCUCGAGCCGAGGGACUAUGCCAUCGGCGAGCGCGUCAUCACCCAGGGCGAGCGGGGCUCCGAGUUCUUCAUCAUCGUCGAGGGGGACGCCGAGGUGCGCAAGCGCAAGAGCCCAGAGGACGGCGGCCAGGAGGAGACGGUCGGCAAGCUGUCCCGGGGCGACUACUUUGGAGAGCUGGCGCUGCUCAACAAUGCGCCUCGAGCCGCCUCGGUGGUGGCGAGCGCGUCUUCGGUGACGUCGGACAAGCUUCGCGUCGUGACCAUGUCGGAGCGCGCCUUCACCCGCCUGCUCGGGCCGCUGGCCGGCAUCAUGGGUCGCCACGCCAAGGAGACGUACGGCGGCGACUACGGCUUCGGCGCGCCGUCGAUGGCGCCGCCGCCGCCGCUGCAUGCCCAUGCCGGCGUGGUGGCCAUGUCGGACGACACGCCACAUCCGAUGGACUCGACGGCGACGCCCGGCCAGGGAGCCUGGUCUGCGCCGAAUCCGUUUGCCGCGGCCGCUGCGGCGCCAGCGAUGGGCGGGGCAGGGUUUGGCGGUCUACGCUCGCCCGAUGCCUGA